AUGCGUACUCCCCCCACCGCCGAUAUAUCCCACGAAUCCAACCAGGUCGACUGGCUAAGAGUCAAGCGAGAUGUUACUCUGGGUGUGCUGAACCAGGAUCUGCCACUUUCCGCCAUCCAGGACGCCGAAGAAGCUGAAGCAGGGUCAAAAGUUACCGAGGCUUUCUUACAACACCACUAUGGAGCGGAGCCAGCUGCAACAGAUGCAGCAGAGCUUUCCAUAUCCGUCGAGACUAAUACGGCGGCGGGGAGUAGCUGGCAGCCCUGGCGCGAACACCACAUGCCAGUGGAGACAGGAGUGCUUGAGGCCGAGGGUGAGAAUGGCAGCCAUAUGAUGCGGAGAAGGCGGCAGCAUUUGCAAGAACACCAGCGGGGACAUGUCCAUGGACAUGGGAAUUAG